AUGCCGUUGCAAAUACGGGAAGAGAGUGUGUUCUGUUUGGAUUUUACACAUCAGGUAAGGGAGAUGGAUAAUAUCAGCUUCCGUGGAUAAUAUACCUUUUUUCAUUAAAAUCUUUACAGAGACAAAGUGACAGUGGUCCGUAUGAGAUCACAAUCCCCGAAUUGGUCAACAAAAAGGGGACCAAUAAUCAGACGGCCUUUGUUUUUGACUCAGAACGGAUGAGUUUCAGCUUCGAAAUGAUCAAAAUGGAGGUAAUUCUUAGACAGAGAUAAAUAUAAAAAACUUUUUGUUGUCUGAUAAAGUGUUUUCAGACGGACUAUUUGGCCACCGGAUUCGCCGCGACCGGUCUAAAAAAUAUGGACCGUAUUUUAAUCUGUGGCCACAACCACAGCCAGGUCCUGCUCUCGGCUUUGGCCGCUUCCCGAGCUGGCCUGGUCUUCUCUCUAGUCGGCGCCAACGCCGUCGCCAAACCAGAGCAAUUAGAGCAUCUUCUUAAAGCGGUAAAUUCACCAUCAGAGAUUUUAAUUAAUCAUCUCAAUUCUUUACAUAUUUUUUUAUAUAUAUUUUAGGGGGACUUCCGUGCCGUUGUUUUAUUUUCGUCGCCAAAUGGAGGGGGCUCAGACGCGAUGUAUGAUUUGAUUGAGAGUUUAUGUCCAGAGAUCAAAAAAUGCGCUCGGAGUAAACUGAAGUCGGCCAGAUUGCCCAAACUAACCCAUGUUAUCCUGGGCGAUGAGGAUCACAAACAUGCGUAAGUUCAAAAAAAUUAGAAGCAAUAAAGUCUAUUUUGGGCAGCUUAUUUUGCCAUUAAAAUAAUCUUUUUGAAUAAUUUUAUAAGGCGUCAGAAAUUUUAAAAAAAAUCUUAUUUCAGCGGUACCUGGACCUUAUCCGAGAUCUACGGGAAAUGCACACCCCCGAGGAUGGAGAAACUCCCCAACUAUCUCCAGUGGAACUCCCAUCGCUUGGCUUGUAUUCAAUUUACAUUGGUAAGAACAAUUUAGACGGAAUGAUUAUUUCAAGGGCUCAACGGGUCCUCCUAAAGCUGCCGGUCUCUCUCAUUACCAGUUAAUCAAUGGCUGUCGCAUCGCUUCGAAUAUUAUCGGGAUCAGGAAAGGAGUAAGCAAUUGUUGUUUUUCCGGGCUAACAUUAUUAUUUUAGAGUAUAAUGGCGUGUGCUCUUCCGUUAUAUCGCAUCCCGGUCUUUGGCCUCGUCGCAUUUACCCCGUUUAUGUUCGAAUCCAGGACCAUUAUUUCGGAGCCAUCUCCAGUGCCACGGCAAUUAAUUACGUCUUGUUUGAUGCAUAGGUAACUUAAAACGGACUUUUUUACAAAGUGAAGCAUGGCCCGGACAUUGUUGUUGUAUCCUCACUUGUAUCCGCGAAGAUAUGUAGUCAGCCGAAUGUAGAGUAAUAAAUAUAGAUAGAUUUAUUACAGAAACAAUAAUAGCAAUAUAUAGCGUAACACACACAUUCACUGAAUAAUAUAAUCCUCCUUGGCCAUGGGACAAAACGUAAUGCCAAAGGUCUUGUAGUUUUCGUCACGGGACCGAACAAUUGUUGCGGUGACCAUCACCGAAUUUCUUCAAAUUUGGCUCAUAGAACACCCACAGGGCAUAUAUCAAAAGCGUCAAACGUUUUCCCAAAAUUUGCAUUAUUUCGGGAUUACUGUAACAUUUUGUGUUUUAUAAAGCGGCCGUUGUUGUGAACCAGGUGAUCGCUCUACGGAUCUGAAACUUCUUGUCUGUAUGUUUUCGAACAUGGCCAACAUUUUUCUAAUUGAAACUUUUUUUGUAUCUUUUCGUCUUUCGGUAGUACCGUAAUCGUCAUGAUACCAUAUCGAUUGCUGCCGAAAAUUCGAAAGAGUGUAACAAGUUUUCAAACCUGAUUAUAAAAGUUGGACACCCUUCCCGUAAAAUAAGACAAAAAAAUCAAAAAUAAAAAUAUAAGUUUUUGAGAUAUAAGCGUUCAAAGUUGCUAUGUUCGGUUACUGUAGGACCAAAAUAGAGACGAUCAAUUUUUAAACUUUUCCAUUAAUCGCUACGGUUCACAUACAGUAGCUGCCAAAAAACUGUCAAUUUUUUUGUUUUUUGUGUAACUCUGCUCAACGUGGAUGGAUUUAAACGAAACAAACACCAUUCUGUAGAGAAUUAUUACUGUUAUCCAAUGGCGUAGCGGUUGGAGCGAUUUUACAUCUUAGUGUGUAACAACCGUCGAUGUAAAUUUUUUGGAGAGACAAAAAACUGUCAAUUUUUCCAAAAAAAUUUUCUCGCUUGCAUGCGUCGCGGCAAAUCAUAGGCUUAUAUAGUCUGAUUUUUAAAUAGUGUCCCACUGUACAUUGUUGACCAUCCAAGGGAGCCAAGAAAGUUAAUUUAGUAGGCCUUUUGGUGGUCCCAAGUUCGAUACCCCAAAACAUGACGUUUAAGAAAAAAUCGAUCUUUUUCUUUGACUUAGCAUUAAUGCAAUGCCUUGCAGUAAAAGCUAGACAACCUACAAUUAAAAUAGAACAAUGAUUGGGAGCCUAAAUGUAAGUCUACGGACUCCACUUGACAUUCAAGUUUUUCUGGCAGUAGAUGUACCGUGAAACUUUAGCCCGGGUGCUUCCGUAGACAACUCUAGUCGUUGUUCCAACGCGACAGAAGGCACCCAUGUGAACAGUGAACAGUUUAGAACCGCUACUGCGGCAGGCCCGUACUUUGCGUGUAAAAGAACAAACUUCGAAACGGAAUUUUUGAAGAAAAAUUAUUGUCUCGAUUUGCACUCUCCAUAUAAUAGAAAUAACCCAGUGCAAGAACAAGCAAGAUAUUGUGUCAUAGAUUUACAGCCAUUCUUGACAUUUCUAACGCGGUUUCACUCCCUCUGAGGUGUUUCUAAAGUCUUAAUCUGGCUUACAAGUUUCCACAAAAAAAUUUUUUUGUUAAUGACAACAUAACCCUCCGUAAUUCUUAUGUGACUUGCAUCGCCGUCCUACAAAUGCCCAUAAAAUGCUUCUAGAACAUCUGUGAUCACGUAUUGAUAAAACAUUAGCAAGUUGUUACAAAAGCGGGGGCAACAAGGCCAAGUCUCUUCAGACACUCGGUUACCGGAGAAACUUGAAUAUCCAGUGGAGUCCGUAGACUUACAGUGCGGCUCCCAAUCAUUGUUCUAUUUUAAUUGUAGGUUGUCUAGCUUCUACUGCAAGGCAUUUCCUUUAUUCUAAGUCAAAGAAAAAAUCGAUUUUUCCUUAAACGUCAUGUUUUGGGGUAUCGAACUUGGGACCACCAAAUGGUCAACUAAAUUAAGUUUCUUGGCUCCGUUUGAUGGUCAGUAAUGUACAGUGGGACUUUAUUUAGAAAUCGUGAUGUAUAAGCCCAUGAUUCGCCGCGACCUGUGCAAGUGGUAAAUUUUUUUUGGAAAAAUUGACAGUUUUUUGUCUUUCCAAAAAUUUUACAUCGACAGUUGUUACACCCUAAGAUGUAAAAUCGCUCCAACCGCUAAGCCAUUCGAUAACAGCAAUAAUUCUCUACAGAAUGGUAUUUGUUUCGUUUAAAUCCGUCCACGUUGAGCAGAGUUACACAAAAAACAAAAAAAUUGACAGUUUUUUGGCAGCUACUGUAUUAAUAGAAUGACAUAAGAGGAAUGUUUUCAGGUUGAAAAAUUAAUAAUUGACCUUUUAUUUUAGGGUUUAUACAAAGGUUACUGUAAUUUCCAACUUUUAUUAAGUUCGCUAACAAUUUUAUUGGAAUGACGAAUUUAGACAAGCUAUCCGGGUCAGAAACGCGCAUACAUCAUGGAAGACAGAAAUCAGAAUCGUAAUACUACCUAUUCCUGAAAUAGUGGGAGAUUACGGUAGCCGUACCCACUUUUUUCGCUGCUUGGCCGCGGCAUUCUUUGGGACAGUUAGUGUAACAACUUUUGAGGCCUGAAAUUCAUUCAUGAUGGAUAGAAGAGUAUUUCAGCAAAAAAUCGAGAAAAUAAAAAUAUAAGUUUUUGAGAAAAUCCUGGAUUACGGUCAUUUUAGGGGGUUUUUGGGCCGUCUGGCCGCGGCACUCUUUGGAGCUGCUAGUGUAACAACUUUUGAAGCCUGAAAUUCAUUCAGCAUGGAUAGAACAGUAUUUCAGCAAAAAAUCGCGAAAAUAAAAAUAUAAGUUUUUCAGAAAAUCCUGGAUUACGGUCAUUUUAGGGGGUUUUUAGGCCGUCUGGCCGCGGCAUUCUUUGGAGCUACUAGUGUAACCAGAUUUGAGACUGGAAAUUUGUUCAGAAUAUAUAGGAGAGUCUUUAAGAAAAAAUAGGGAAAAUAAAAGUAUAAGUUUUUGAGAAAAUCCGAAAUUACGGUCAUUAUAGGGGAUUUUCUGUCCGAAACUACCGUAAUCCGGGAUUUUCUCAAAAACUUAUACUUUUAUUUUCUCGAUUUUUUGCUGAAAUACUUCCCUUGUCAUGCUGAGUAAAUUUCAAGACUCAAAAGUUGUUACACUAGCAGCUCCAAAGAAUGCCGCGGCCAGACGGCCCAAAAACCCCCUAAAAUGACCGUAAUCCGGGAUUUUCUCAAAAACUUAUAUUUUUAUUUUCGCGAUUUUUUGCUGAAAUACUCUUCUAUCCAUCCUGAAUGAAUUUCAGGCUUCAAAAGUUGUUACACUAGCAGCUCCAAAGAAUGCCGCGGCCAAGCAGCGAAAAAAGUGGGUACGGCUACGGUAAUCUCCCACUAUUUCAGGAAUAGGUAGUAUUACGAUUCUGAUUUCUGUCUUCCAUGAUGUAUGCGCGUUUCUGACCCGGAUAGCUUGUCUAAAUUCGUCAUUCCAAUAAAAUUGUUAGCGAACUUAAUAAAAGUUGGAAAUUACAGUAACCUUUGUAUAAACCCUAAAAUAAAAGGUCAAUUAUUAAUUUUUCAACCUGAAAACAUUUCUCUUAUGUCAUUCUAUUAAUAUGUGAACCGUAGCGAUUAAUGGAAAAGUUUUAAAAUUGAUCGUCUCUAUUUUGGUCCUACAGUAACCGAACAUAGCAACUUUGAACGCUUAUAUCUCAAAAACUUAUAUUUUUAUUUUUGAUUUUAUUGUCUUAUUUUACGGGAAGGGUGUCCGACUUUUAUAAUCAAGUUUAAAAAUUUGUUACACUCGCUCCAAUUUUUUACAGUAAUCGAUAUGGUAUCAUGACGAUUACGGUACUACCGAAAGACGAAAAGAUACAAAAAAAGUUUCAAUUAGAAAAAUGUUGGCCAUGCUCGAAAACAUACAGACAGGAAGUUUCAGCCCCGUAGGGCUGUCGCCCGGUCCACGACAACGGCUGCUUUACAAAACCCAAAUUGUUACAGUAAUCCCGGACUGAUUGAAAUUUCGCGAAACCCUUCUUCGCUUUUCAUCAACAUGCUCAGGCCCUUCUACUGGCCAAGUUUCAAGAAAUUUGGUGAUGGUCGUUGCAACAAUGUCCGGGCCCCUUGGAGGGAAGCUUCAGUUUGUAAAAAACUCUGUUUUAAAGGAAUUUACAAAAAUUCGAUUGCUCAAAAAUCAGAGCUUUUACAUGAUUCCUUUUCAGAUGCACUCACUUGGUCUCGAAUUCCAUCGCAAUUCGAUUACUGCUAAAAAUGGCAAUGGCUCAAAAAGUUACAGUACCCUCGGUGGAAACGGUGAUCCUUUUGGGCGACAGAGUUGGUCGGGAAUUAUUGGCUAAUCUCGAGAAAAUCAUGAAAAAUGCAAAAAGAAUCGCGGUAAGAAUCCAAAGAUGAAUUGCUACUGCCGUAAAGAUCACUUUUUUAUAUCAUUGUUUAGGUGGGAAUGUUGCUAACAGAAGUCGGAACAGCACCAGUGAUCAGCGAUAACACAACGAAUUUAAUAAAAUCCAUUGGGAAAGCCCUUCAAGGCUACGAAGUAAGAAAUUUGAUGGUAGUUUGGUUUUACUGUAUAGCAAAAAUUAUUUGAUAUAGUAACCUGAAUUUUUAGGUGGAUAUAAAACCCAUUCCCAAGCUCAAAAAUACGAAUGGCCACACAAUCGGAGAGCUGAGAGUCAAGGCCUUGGCCAACACAAAAUUCAUCGGGUACGGGCCGGACUUCAAUUCAAAUCUUGAAUGGAUCGACACUGGGUACGUCCAUCAUAACAUAGUAGACAAUUAUAAUCUCCGAUAUUUUCAGUGACAUUGCUUCCAUCUCCAAGGAAGGGAAUGUCGAGAUCUUGGCCAACAAAUCGGACCUUAUCUACGAUCGUCUCGAUCAUCUCGUAGAACAUUGGAAAAUGGAGAAAUUAAUGGCCGAGGAAUACGAUGAAAUCAAGGGAGUCCAAGUGGUUCAAGUGUGUCCCGGUGCUCCAAUCGUCGCGAUCAUUGUCCCCAAAAGAUUGGAUGACAUCCCGAGGUUCUUCAUGUCGGAAUUGAUUAGCCUUUGCAAUAACAACAAGGUCAGUUUCGAAUAUUUUUUUUUUUGAUUUUACAUAUCAAAUUCCAGAUUUUAUGGCUAUCUUGCCCUUAUUUGCCUUUUUUUUCAAAAAUUAGUUUUUGCCGCAUAGUGCAGAUUAAAAAAAUUAAUUUUUUGGAAAACUGCACGGUGCGGUGCAUACCUUUGCAGCGAAAUUUAUUCAAGCAAAUGUUGCCAACAUUUUUCAAACAGAACUUAGCUAAUAUAUUCUCUGUCCCUUUAACACAAUAUAUUUCAUUUCAGUUAUAUCCGCCCGACAAGUUCGCCGUUGUGGACGAUUUCCCCCGGGUAAACACGCGCAUUCAGAAGUUCAAACUCCGCGAAAUGCUGAAGAACAACAUGUUGAGAACCUACUGA